AUGAUUUCUGACAUUGCGAGCCUUCCUCUCAGCACGCCGAUACUCAUCGCUGCGACUGGUGCUCUCUUGGUCCUGUAUUACCUGGUCCCAGCCCUUCUCAGUCCGUUACGUGAUGUCAAAGGCCCAGCUCUCGCCCGAUAUACUCGUCUGUGGGAGCUCUACCAGAACUGGCAAGGCCAGUUGGAACACGUCACAGUCGCUCUACAUAAAGAACAUGGCCCGAUCGUCCGGCUAGCACCGAAUCGUUACAGCAUUGGGGAUCCCUCAGCCAUUCGCACAAUCUACGGCCCCGGCUCGAAAUUCAGCAAAUCCGACUAUUACAAACCAUUUGGUGGCCCUUUCACAGACCACAAAGAUGUGUUCUCAGAGACCAGCAAUGAGAAACAUGCAGUCGAGCGGAGGAAGACAUCCAACAUGUACGCGAUGAGCUCGUUGGUAUCCUACGAGCCAUUCGUUGACAAGGUCAAUGGCGAGUUCAUGGCUGCAUUAGCCAGUCAUGCUCAACACGGACGAGAAUUCGAUCUGUUUACCUGGAUGCAGUUCUACGCAUUUGACGUUAUCGGCGAGAUCACCUUUGGUCGAUCAUUUGGUUUGAUCCGAGAGGGUGAGGAUAAGACCGGGCUUUUGCAUGCUGCUCACGUCGCCUCCAUAGGCUAUGGCUCCAUGGCUGGACUUGUUCCUGAGGUUCAUCCGUGGUAUCUUUGGCUUCAGAAUGUCUUCCCGAUCGACAGCCAUUUGAAGGUCAUACAACGAGCGAUAGAGCAGCAGAUUCGCACCCGUACUAAAGGGGAAAGCUGCAGCGACCGGAAGGACUUCCUGGCAAAGUGCAUUGAAUUAAACAGCGCUGGAAAAUUGAACCAGUUUACUAUGAACAAUGUUGUCGGGGCCAACCUUGGUGCUGGCUCUGAUACUACUGGCAUUAGCAUGACUGCGAUUAUCUACUAUCUCAUGAAGAACCCACAUUCCUUGCAGAAGCUGCGUGACGAGAUUGAUACGGCUAUUAUCGAAGGGAAUCUCUCCAAUCCUGCUACAUUUCAGCAAGGGCAGAAGCUCUCAUAUCUCCAAGCUACCAUCAAAGAGGCUUUGAGGCUGCAUGCGGCUGUGGGCCAGAUCCUGAGCAGGGUCGUCCCAGAGGGCGGUGCACAGCUUGCUGGGAGACAUUUUCCAAAGGGGACCGUGGUUGGCGUCAAUGCAUGGGUAGUCCACAGCGAUGAAAGCAUCUGGGGCAAAGGCGUGUACGAGUUUCGACCGGAGCGAUGGCUCGUUCCAAAAGAGAAGCUUGCAUUUCUAGAACAGCAUUUCCUAGCAUUUGGGGCUGGGGCAAGAACGUGCAUUGGCAAGAACAUCUCGCUGCUUGAAAUGACAAAACUGCUGCCACAGCUCGUGCGGAGGUUUGACUUUGCUUCUGUGGAUGAUGCGGACUGGACAACUAGCAGCGGAUGGUUUGUCAAGCAGAGCCUCCAAGUCAAAGUCACCGAGCGAACGUAG